AUGUCAGACUUUCAGCUACACGAGGAGGAGCCUGUAGAUGGGCGAACAAUAGACGAUAUCGUCGAUGGAGUUGCUCAAGAUCUUGGCCUCUCACGAGAGGCACAUCUUGAUGUUAAACUAAAACUAAGAGAACAUUACAUUCGCUCAACACAGGCCCUCGCAGACGCCAUCAAGGAAAAGAAGUUGUGUGGCGUUGUUCAUCCUUACGUUGCUGAUGCUCUGUAUAACAGAUUAAACAAUAAACCUAACGAAACCUUUGAAUACGAUGUGUAUCCGGAGACCCGAUUGCAGACACGCAAUCCAACACAUUUUAAGAAUGUUGCUAUCUUUGUACAUCGUGUUGCUCCUAUACCUGGCAGCAACAAAGGAAAAAUAGGUGAGCAUCCUACCUACAGCAGCAGCAACAACAGCAGCAGCAGCAAGUAG